CGUUACAGAACUCCAACGAUAACCACGAAUUUCCUCUUUCGUUGGUGUGGACCAAUGAGAGAACGUCGGCGGGACAUCGCUAGUGAAGUGAAGUGAGUCAAUGUGAAAACAAUGUCGGAGCAUUGCCAUGGAACACCGACCAAAUACCAAUGUCAUUCCGAGCGUUUCACGAUCACAGAAGUCUUGGUGCUUUUAAAAUGUAGUACUGUUGAUUCAAUGAAGCACCCAUCGUAUCUCGAUGUCUCCACAGUCGUCUAUAUCGUUAUGGAUGAGCGCUUCGUAGAUCGUAUCAACUGUGCCUGGAACAGGACUUUCGCCAGACCCUUUUUCAGCUUGUACAGAGGUCAGAAUCGCAUUGCUGUUAUUGCGAAAGAUGUCAAGGAGCGAAUAAUGAAGAUGAAGGCCGAUGCCGUUCAACCCAAGAGACCACCUCAAACUCUGUUCGUUAGGCUCCCGCCUGAGCUCCGUGUCCGAAUUUUCCAAUGCCUCGUCGAACAUGAGCCCACAGAAUGGGCCCUACUUCCACCGACCCCCGUUGGCACUUUUCGAAAUGAAGUGUGGAAAGCGGAAUGGGGUCACUGUCGAAACAUGGUCAAGCGUUUCGCAACUUACCGCCGCUGGCUGUGGCUCUAUCAUGAUGAAAACCCCGAGAUCUUGGAGGAAUUUGACGAUGUUGUCCACAAUCGGUUUACCUAUGUUAUCGACUUCAGCUGGUGUCGAUACAAGUCCGCGAGUUGGAUUUUACCAUACGUCCUCGCGGUCUUCAAGGUCAACCAUGCUUUUGCCUACGCCCGGCGCAUCCGCCUCUUGCGCGUGCCUACUGCACUUGUAACAUUAGAAGACAUACACAGGCCAUUCCUGUUCAAUGCGUUCGGCCUCCAGACCAACAUGACACUAGAACUCUCACGCGAACGCACUAUAGUGGCUCUCGCUAUAGAUCAAAUGCCGAUCCACUUGACACAGGUAGUUCCAGCCAAUUAUUUUCUUCCAGAGGAUCUUUCACCCUAUACGUUUGAUCGCAAGGCCUUGUUGAGAAGGCUGCGAGAGGCACAAAGCCACUUCACUGGCUGUUUCCUGGGUGCCCUUCUCCAGACUGACGCAGGAGUGUCCAUAGGAGAAAACGACCAUGUUCUUAACGAGAAGGCGAUCAUUCGGUCUCUGCUCAGCGUACAGCACUUUGCUUACACACAAUUCAAGCUAUGGGGAAAGAGGGAUUCGGGCCCCAUAGAGAUUGGUUUCGAAGAGAUACUGGUGGAGCAGAUCUGCACCUAUUGCGCAGCAAAUCCGGACAAGGGCAAGUGCUAUGGCAUCUCAGUCCCUACAGAUGAUUCAUUUACACCAUGUGCCGCUAUCUUUCCGCGGGCAUGCUUCUUGUGCGCUCCGCUAUAAUCAUAGUUUGGAACAAGUGCCUGCAUACGUCGUAUCGAUGGGUUCAUCGCCUGUUAGCCAUUUACGCUUGUCAAAAUAGAAUUCCUGCCACAAAGUUAAGUCCAAUAUAGCAUAAAUUCAAGAGCCGGUAAGACUCCUCAGCGCCUGCACAUUCUCCUUA